AGUUUUAGUGGAAUAGUUCAUUGACGUCAUGAAAUUUUUCUUCCUUGGAUUGUUGAAGAUAUAAUUAUAUCUGAUUAUAAUGAAGUAUUAUCGCUUAAUGACUUUGACGUCUACUAUAACGAUGAAACGCCUUUAUAAGCCGAAUUGCACCGGCUUAGAUAAUUAGUUGAUUAUCAAAACGCCAAGAGGAACAUAAACUAUUUUAUAUUUUUAGAUACUUUUAAUCUCUAAACGCGUUUUUUUUUCUUGAAUUUAUUCAUUCGAUAAUACGAAAUGUCGAUUAAAAACUUAAGUUUUUUUAUCUUUGCAUUAGUGACAAUUUUUGAAGCCCAAUGUUUCAGAAUUGGAUCUCCUGUUAGAAAAGGAAGUUGCACAUCGAAGUCACUGUCAUUGUUUUCGAUGACAAUGCCAAAAUAUGAAAAUAUAGAUUCGACGGGAUUGGUAGCGAUUACUUCACAAUGCAUGUCAGAUACUUGCGAUGAAGUAUUCGAAUAUCACAAAUUCACGUGUUUUGGUUUCCUUAUUCAUCCCAAAAUAGUUCUUACACUUUCAAAUUGUGUACCACAAAGCCAAGCUGUGACUUUUGUGAAAGUGCGUGCCUAUCAUUGGAACAAAAAUGAAAAUCAAAUCAAUGACAAUACUCCUUACAAUUCUCAAGAUGUCUCAGAAAUAAUAUUCUAUCCACAAAACAAUCCACGUUUUCCUAGAAAAAAAUUAAAUAAUUUAGCGGCUGUAAUUUUGUCACGGCCAUUAAAUGUCUAUCCGCUUUUUGAGCUGGCAAACAAAACUAAUGCUGAUCUAAAUCAUUGUGCUAUAAUUGAUUCAGAUGGAGAAAUUAAUGAUGAAGAUGUACUUGAUUUAGAUCAAUUUUCACCACGUAUUUAUGAAUCUUCUGAAAGUGGCUUCAAAAAUUGUUUUAUAAAAAAUAAAAGAGAUUUAUCGUUCGAUAAAACCUUCUGUGCUUUCACUUCACCUGAUUCAUUUUGCGGAGGAAAUCUAGGGAAUCCGUACAUGUGUCGGUCUUUGGAGAACGACAAAAAACAUUUACUAAAGGGUAUUUUGAUUGAUCGAGAAGGACAACAUUCGGCUUAUUUAAACACUGAUGACAUAUCCAGCUGGAUAGGAAGUAUUAAAUCCUCACAUGGACUAUAAUUAUAAAUAUAAGAAAUUGUAUGCUAAAAAAAAUAUUUAUUUAUAUAAAUUAUGAAUUAAUCUGUAAAAUAAA